ACGGCCCAAAUGGAUCUGCGCUCACGGUGAUCGUUACUGGCGUCCGACGGCUUGGAGGGCGACCGCGCUUUGGUCGGUUGUCCACGGACACCACAUCAAUCUCAUCAUCAUCUUCUUCCUCUUCAUCAUCUGAGUCACUUUAAAGAAAAUGCACCUGCAAAUGAGACUUCCCCAUCCUCCUGAGACUCAUCUGAACGUUUGCUUGUACAGCGUGGCUUUUCCCCAUUGCGCGGAGUGACGGUGGAGAGAAGCGAGCGUGAGCGUGGGCGUGGACACCUCACCAUUCAAACGAAGCAGACACUAGUGGAGUGGAGACGAAGCAGCAUCUCAGUUCAUUGAUACGCAAAAGUGGAAACGGUACUGAUACUUUAACCGGACAAACUUAUAAAUCCGUCCGGCAGCGACACCUGUUCAGUGUUAUGGCAAAAGGAGAGGGAGCUGAGCAAAUUUCAGCCGGUUUGUUACCUACGACCAAACCCGUGACUCAAGAUGCAAUAAAAAUUGCCAAGUUUUCCUCACAGCAGGAGAGGAUUACUCCUCUGACUGUGUGCAGUAAGGUGUGUUUUGCGAUCGGAGGUGCUCCGUAUCAAAUCACAGGAAGCGCCUUGGGCUUCUUUCUGCAAAUUUUCUUGUUGGAUGUUGCGCAGUUGGAUCCACUCAAUGCUUCUGUAAUCCUGUUUGUGGGUCGGGCCUGGGAUGCUGUGACUGAUCCCACAGUUGGGUUUUUAAUAAGCAGAUCACCAUGGACACGCCAUGGACGCAUGAUGCCCUGGAUUCUGGUGUCCACCAUACCAGCUGUGUUUUGUUAUUUCUUGAUAUGGGUUGUUCCACCCAUAGAGAAUGGCAAGAUGUUGUGGUAUCUGGUCUUCUACUGUUUGUUUCAGACACUACAGACGUGUUUUCACGUGCCGUAUUCUGCUCUGACCAUGUUCAUCAGCACUGAACAGAAAGAACGAGAUUCAGCCACAGCGUACCGCAUGACCAUAGAGGUGUUGGGUACAGUAAUUGGCACGGCUGUUCAAGGGCAGAUUGUGGGCAUGGCCCACAGCCCUUGCAUUAACACUACGUCUCUCACCAACAGCUCCAAUCACUCCAUGCAGGGCAACAGCUCUCAGAUCUCACUGGAUGAAAAACUAUUUAAUGAGAGGUGUGCAUACAUGAUUGCAUCUGCAGCCAUAAGUAUAAUCUAUGUUCUCUGUGCUGUUGUGCUGUUUCUUGGAGUAAGAGAGCAGGACAGUGAGGCCAGGUUGAAACCGCAGAGGCGUGCGUCAUUUCGAACCGGUCUGCGGAAGGUUAUGAGUCACGGGCCGUAUGUUAAACUGGUGCUGGCCUUUCUCUUCACAUCUCUGGCUUUCAUGCUAUUGGAAGGAAAUUUUGCUGUAUUCAUCAAAUACACGCUGGGAUUCAGAAACGAGUUUCAAAAUAUCUUACUGGUCAUAAUGCUCUCGGCCACUGUCACCAUCCCCCUGUGGCAGUGGUUCCUCUGCCGCUUUGGAAAGAAAACUGCCGUGUACAUUGGCAUUACUUGGGCGGCGCCUUUCAUGAUCCUGAUAGUUUGUCUGAAGAGCAACCUCAUUGUGUCGUACAUUGUGGCUGUUGCGGCUGGUGCCAGUGUGGCUGCAGCCUUCCUUCUACCCUGGUCAAUGCUUCCUGACGUGGUGGAUGAUUUCAAAGUCCAGAAUCCUGACUCUCAAGGCCACGAGGCUAUUUUCUACUCUUUCUAUGUCUUCUUUACCAAAUUUGCCUCUGGGGUGUCGCUUGGGGUGUCAACGCUAGCAUUAAGUUUCGCAGGUUACGUAACAGGAGCUUGUGUUCAGCCUGAUUCAGUAAAUUUUACGUUGAAAAUGUUGGUGUCGGUUGCUCCUGUAUCACUUAUAGCUCUUGGGCUACUCAUCUUUAAAUUGUAUCCCAUCGAUGAAAAACGCAGGCAAUAUAACAACAAAGAACUGCAGCUGCUCUUGCUGAGAAGUGUAGAUCAAGACUCUGAGAUGGAGGCCUUGAGGCCUGAUAUCAAAGCGUAAAAUACCAGCAAUUGCUAUUCCCUAUGUGGCCUGCAGAGGGUGCCAAAUCACAUCUAAACCGAUG